UCAAUUUGUUAUAAGUGCAAGAAAGUUUAUAAAUAAGUAAAUUCAAAUUAAGUCUGCAAUUUCAUCUCAUUAAGAGUCGGCAAAAAAAGUGGCAGCGGAACGAAAUAAAUUAAUUAAGCAACCAUAAAAUUGCAAGUGCGCGCCAAGUGAAAGCAGUUCAAGGGCCACCUCCCCCCUGCAGACCCGCAGUAGUCCCAACGAAGUAACAGAAUGCUCCUCAAAGGCGUGCAGCUGCUGAGAGGCGGCAGCCUCGCUGGCCCACCGAAGAGCUACAACUUUCGCUUGGUCUGCCGCUCCCUGUCGGUGCAGUAUGGGGACGCCAAGGUGCUCACACCCGCCGUCAAGCAGUACGUGGAGAAGUGCGUCCAGCUGUGCACUCCAGAGCGGGUGCACAUCUGCGACGGCAGUGCGGGGGAGAGCAAGCUGCUGCAGGGCCUCAUGCUGAAGCAGGGAACCAUUCUGCCGCUGCCCAAGUACGACAACUGCUGGCUGGCCCGCACCAAUCCGGCCGAUGUGGCGCGUGUCGAGUCCAAGACCUUCAUCUGCACCGAGCACAGGGAGCAGACGGUGCCGGUGACUCCGAAGGCGACGCCCGGCACCCUGGGCAACUGGAUCUCGGAGGCGGACCUGCAGGCGGCCAUCGGGGAACGCUUCCCGGGCUGCAUGAAGGGACGCACCAUGUACGUGAUCCCCUUCAGCAUGGGACCCGUGGGCUCGCCGCUCUCGAAGAUCGGCAUUGAGAUCACAGACUCGCCCUACGUCGUGGAGUCCAUGAAAAUCAUGACGCGUGCCGGCAAUCCCGUCCUGGACGUGCUCCGCACGGGCGAUGGCCAGUUCGUCAAGUGCCUGCACUCGGUGGGCACACCCAAGAGCGGCGUCCAGGUGCAGUCCUCCUGGCCCUGUGAUCCCGAGCGCACCAUCAUCCUGCACAAGCCCGCCGACAAUGAGAUCGUCUCCUACGGCUCGGGAUACGGCGGCAACUCGCUGCUGGGCAAGAAGUGCUUCGCCCUGAGAAUCGGCAGCACCAUUGCCAAGCGCGAGGGCUGGCUGGCCGAGCACAUGCUCAUCCUGGGCAUCACCAAUCCAGCGGGAAAGAAGAUCUACGUGGCAGCCGCCUUCCCAUCCGCCUGCGGCAAGACCAAUCUGGCCAUGAUGACGCCCACGCUGCCCGGCUACAAGGUGGAGUGUGUGGGCGACGACAUCGCCUGGAUGAAGUUCGACUCGCAGGGCGUGCUGCGGGCCAUCAAUCCGGAGAACGGAUUCUUUGGAGUGGCGCCGGGCACGUCGCGUGCCACCAAUCCCAUUGCCAUGGACACGAUCUUCCGCAACACGGUCUUCACCAAUGUGGCCUCCACCUCCGACGGCGGCGUCUACUGGGAGGGCAUGGAAUCCGCUCAGCUGAAGGACCUAACCGUCACCGACUGGCUGGGCAAGCUCUGGUCGAAGGAGUCGGGCAAGCCGGCAGCCCAUCCCAAUUCCAGAUUCUGCACCCCCGCCACACAGUGCCCCAUCAUAGACCCAGCCUGGGAGGACAGUGCUGGCGUGCCCAUCUCGGCCAUCCUCUUCGGCGGCCGCCGCCCCGCCGGAGUUCCACUGGUGUACGAGGCUCGCGACUGGACGCACGGCGUCUUCAUGGGAGCAGCCAUGAGGAGCGAGUCGACUGCCGCAGCCGAGCACAAGGGCAAGGCGAUCAUGCACGAUCCCUUCGCCAUGCGCCCCUUCUUUGGGUACAACUUCGGGGACUAUCUGAGCCACUGGCUGAGCAUGGAGAAGCGGGGCAAGGUGCCCAAGAUCUUCCACGUGAACUGGUUCCGCAAGAGCAGCGAGGGCAAGUUCCUGUGGCCUGGAUUCGGGGACAACUCGCGCGUCCUCGACUGGAUCUUCCGGCGGGUGCAGGGCGAGAAGUGCUUCGAGGACUCGCCGAUUGGUCGCCUGCCCAGCAAGGAUGCCCUGAACGUGUCCGGGAUGAAGGGCAACAUUGAUCUCGCACAGCUCUUUGAUCUCCCCAAGGACUUCUGGCAGCAGGAAGCCCUCGAGAUUGAGCGGUACUUCGAGGAGCAGGUGGGCGGCCAUCUGCCACGCCCCGUGGCCGAGCAGCUGGCGGAGCUGAAGGCGCGUGUGUCCAACAUGUGAUGUGUGUGUUCCAUAGGUUACUCUCCCCUCUAAUCUAAGACUUAAAUUGCGUAAAAUAAAAAA